AUGCGUACCACUUAUCAACCAGACAAUGGUCAACCAGACAACGGUGCAAGACGUUUUCUUAGUAUCGACGAAUAUGCAAUGCUAAGUAAAAUACGCAGUCAAUCACAACGGAAUACUCAUGCGGUUAGAACUGGGCGAGUUUCUGUUGAUGAAGUAAUGGGUUUUCAAAAAUUGUAUGAUGUUCAAACGUUCUUAGAAAACUUGCGUAAUCAUAGUCGCUCGGGUAAACGAACUUGGAUGCCAUCACUGAACUGCUCACCAUUCGCAGAUAAUUUUGGUGCCAAUGAUACCUUCUCAUCGUCGAACAACACGGAUGUUUCAAGAAAACGGUUACCGUUACCGAGCUUUCCCACUGAACUCUAUUCAGUCGAAAUUCCUGCAGCUGGUCAGUACUCGGAUUUGAAAAAUGUGAUAUCAGAUGUAGGAAGUACGGAAAGAAAUUCUUUAACGCAAGGAGGGAAACUAGCCCACUCGAAUACUUAUGGGAGAGGCCGUCUUGCUGAUGAAAGUCAUGGAACAGAGCUGAUACCGGGUGAUCAUUUUAGACCUUCUAAUUACGAUUCCGACACAGUGCAUUUAACUACCAAUCGCAACACUUUAAAAAAGGGAGAAAUCGGAACAAUGCCUCGAACUAUGCCGUCAGUUAGGAAUAGUCAGUUGAAUGGGAAGAGGAUCACCGAUAAAAAAUUGUACUUCUCAGAAUACAUGAGUGUGGAGGCAGCAACGCGUGGCGUGGCAAAAGGACAGUUGUACAAGGGUACUCUGCAUGUAAAUGGACGCAGUUUUGAAGAAUCCUUCUUGAUAAAUGCAAGUGGCGAUCUCCAGGAAGAUCUUUUGAUUUUUGGUUUACAUGAUAGAAAUCGUGCACUUCACGGUGAUGUAGUCAUUGUCCGUGUGAAAGAUAGAGAGAAUUGGCUUGUAAGAGAUGCGUUGUUUUGUGCUUGGAGGGAGAGUCAUUUAAAAACUUCCAUUGACGAAGACGGUAGACCAGUGACUGUUCCUCCGAUCAGGAGUUUAGCUGAGGAAGAAGAAAUGAUGGAUUCUUUAAAUCUUCCGUUUUCGUAUGACAAGAGAGACCUGCUGCAGAAAUCAAAAAAAAUGUUUGUGCCACCUAUUGGGAAGUUUACGAGGGAACAGAUGCUCUUAAUCUUAGCCAAGUUGGCUAACAAAAAUUUAAUGCAGUUGGUCAUUGACAAUUCGCGAUGUUUUGGGACGGAAGUAGGUUCUAUGCUUCGCGGUGACGUUUUACAGAAAUUGGUGGACUUGUGCAUAAUCAAACCACAGUGUACAUCCCCUAAGAGUGUUGACAGCGUGUCAUCAUCACCAAGCAGUAAUCGGUCGGUUAAUGGAUCACAGCACUCUGGUACUAAACUAGUUUUGCAUCGUCGUUACUAUUUCUUGCGCGACUUACCGGACGAAUAUUGGGGAAUGCCUAAUAUAUGUUUACAACGAACUGCAGAGGUGGUUUGCAUCAUUGAACAUAAAAAUAGUCGUGCUGCUGUUGGGAUGCUGAAGGUAAUGGCUGAUGGCAACCGGAAGUGGGCGUUGUUCUCACCAAAUGAUUCUCGCAUGCCGCGAAUGAUGAUACCGGCUGAGGAAACUCCUGCAGGAUUUUUUGACAGGCCACAUGACUUCACUAAAUUCAUAUACGUUGCUCGAAUGGUUCAUUCGCCUCCUACCGCCCAGUUUGCUAGAGGAAGAUCGAGUAGAUGUCUUUCACUUAGUCGGAUGAAUAGCAGCGAUGAUUUGAAGAACUGCAGCGUGAAGUUAUACAAGAGUUUGGGUGUUGCUGGGGAUAUAAGUGCGGAGACUGAAGGACUACUCUUGGCUAAUGCAGUUGAUACAAGGAGUUUCCCUGCUUCUGUACUUGGUUCGCUACAGAUCGUACAAGAAGAAAACUGGAAGAUUGAUGAGAAGGAGUUUAAGUAUCGUCGUGAUUUUCGAGAAGAUGACGUUUUUUCGGUCAGGAUGAGGAAGAACGCAGCGUUGGAAAAUGCAUUUCAUGUCAAACGUAUAGAAGAUUUUGAUGGCAAAGGAACGGCUGGGUUUGAGAUCGGUGUCCAUGUCGUUGAUGUUGCUUACUUCGUAAACCCAGCUACUGAAUUAGACCAAUGGGCAGCGUUCCGUGCUACUUCUGUCACUUUGGUCACUGAUGUGAUUCAAAUGUUGCCUCCGGUCUUAGUGGAAGGAAUAUGCUCCUUAAGUGUAGGUUCUGAUCGUUUGUGUUUGUCUGUAGUAUGGAUUAUGGAUGAGGAUGCUGUCGUGCACAGUGAGUGGUUUGGACGAUCUGUGGUUUGCCUGAAAAAGGAGGUUUCUGUGGAGCAAGCUCAGUCGCGUCGAAACUUAAGUUUAGACACGUUGAAUGAAGACUUACAGAAAACGCUUGUUGACUCCCGGUCUGUAACCAAUCUGCAUCAAAAUUCUCUUCGAACUGAUAUUAUUGCCGAGCAAUUUGUAAAUACUACGUCAGAAACAAUACCGUCAGAGGACGAGGAUACAGUCAUUUUGGGGAAGUCGCUUUGUUUUUUGAAGAAGUUGGCUACCUGCCUUCGAGAAAAACGUUAUGAGAACGGGUCGAUGCAGCUUCAAAAAGCUGACAUUGCUUUUCAUAUGAACGAUAGCAGCGGUUUGCCGUCAGCAGUUACGGUUCAUCAUACGACAGUUAAUAUAACUAGCAUAACACUGGAGAUGGUGUGCGAGGAGUUGUUGUUUGAAGUAGCCGAUGAAACUACAAAGGCUAAGUUUGGAAGUUUUGUCGAGGAGAUUCUCAGAUUCGCCAAUGCAUCAGUGGCAAAGGAAAUACAAAAGGUUUUUGGCGGAACAGCGUUGUUAAGGCGACAAUGCCCUCCAAAGACUAAGAUGCUGGAUGAGAUGCUUGAGAAGAUAAGAAGGAUAGGAGUUGACUUGCACACAUGUACUGAAGAAGCAAUCGAGUCUUGUUUGCGCGAUUAUGAUGGGGACGACGAAAAUAAAAGCAUUUUGUUGCGGGUUUGUUAUGCAUAUCCUAAAGUUGCAGGCGAACUGUCUGCACCUACGAUUGGGAAAGAAAGCACAGGGCUGGAAGUAAUACCAGGUUCACUUUCACCUCUUUUCGUAAUGGAUGCAAACGUUGAGAGUCAUUUUAUCACAUGGAGGGCAGUGGGAAAAGGGGUGAUGAAAAAGGAUGGGAUUGACUUCAAUAGCUUUCAAAGACUGUUUGUCAUUUCGUACUUCCUCUCGAAACCGAUGCAGUUGCCGGAAUAUUAUUGUGCAGGUUCCGUAAAAGAAAAAAGUGAUUACGUCCACUUUUCGUUGGCUCUCCCAUUAUACACACACUUUACUUCUCCUUUAAACCGUUAUGCUGAUAUAGUGGUCCAACGGUUCCUGUCAGCUGCAGUGGGCCAGACACCACCCCCUCGAAUUUCUGUUAAAGAAGUGGCGAAUCUUGCAACGCACUGUAAUGAUAGAGAACAUAUAGCCAGGAGUGUUUAUGAAGCCAACGAAGAUAUGUUUUUUGGGCUCUAUGUGAAAGAACACGGUCCGUUAACGGAACGAGCAGUAGUAGUGCAAAUUUUGGAUGCGGCAUUUGACGUUUUGGUGGUCGAAUAUGGCAUUGUAGCUAGAGUCUACGCAAAUAAAUUACGCGUGGUAAGAGAACCAAGGCUCACUGAGGGCACGUUGCCGGCUUUAACACUCUACUGGGAUUCGCAUGAAAAUACAAAUGCAUCUGUAGAGCAAAUAAUUCAGCUUUGUUCAGUAGUGGAAGUCGUUAUUUCCUCCCUAGCUGACAGUAUUAGAUAUCAGGUUCUCUUUCUUAAAGGUUUCUAUGAAGCAGCCGGCGGUCGGCGGCAGGGCACCUUCUUUACUCGAUGGGAUCUAAUUGUUAAACACGUUUCUGGUGGAGUUAUUAAUGGCGUUGUGUGGGAAAAGUUCAUUAUAAAAGUCUUCUCACACUACUACUCCGUUGUGCCAUUCAGCAGUGGUAGCAAGUUCUGCGCCUUGAGCGCCCUGCUACUGCAGUCAGCUAAGCGUUACAGCAGAACUUGGGUCGCACAACGAAGAACAAAGGACGUGCUAACAGUUGGUGUAAGGGUGGUGGUUAGAAAUGGAACAGGAAUUGCUAGAGGGCGAGAACAUGGAAGCUGCAACCAUCCAACUCCAAGCGCUGGUCAAGCAGAAUUGGUGUGA